AUGGAGGAUAUAUUAAGUUGUUUCGAUAGCUAUAAUGAAUUAGAGAAACAAUGGAUAACAUAUAGAGAUAAAGGCACAAAACUAGCCAAUACACUUGAAGUGAUUAAAGAUAAACUACAACAAAAACAAGAAUCUUUAAGUACUUUAGAAUCAAGAUAUAGUAAGAAUAGCAACAGUAGUAGCAAUAAUAAUAAUAUGAUAUUAAGAUUAAUAAAUUACUUUAAAGAUAUAGUUGAUAUGUAUGUCAGUUCACUAGCGAAUAAAAAGACGAUUUUAGAUACUCUUUUGAGUUGUAAUGAUCGUGAUCAACUGAUAACAUAUGUAUCGGCAUGGCAAAAUGAUAUACACAUCAACAGAGAUACAAUAGAGACAAUACAAGAUAUGCUAACAACUCAUGUUUCAAUAAAUAUAUAA